AUGAAGGAUGUUCCUUAUGCAUUUGUUGUUGGGAGCUUGAUGUACGCUCAAACUUGCACAAAGCCUGACAUUAGCUUUGCAAUUGGGAUGCUCAGUAGAUAUCAAAGUAAUCCAGAAAUGAUUCACUUGAAGGUUGCAAAGAAAGUUCUAAGAUACUUGCAAGGAACGAAAGAUUACAAGCUUAUGUAUCGAAGAUCUGAUCUUUUUGAGGUGGUUGGAUAUUCAGAUUCUGAUUUUGCUGGAUCCUUCGUAGAUGAUUCUAUUGCUGAAUGCUACGAUAUAUCUAAUGCUGAAUCAUCUAUUAAAUAUUGUGAUAGUUAUGUUAUUGAUGCACUUGAUGAUUCUCAAGUUGAAUAUUGGAAUAUAUCAUGCAAUGAAUCAUCCAAUUACCCUAGUGAUAAUUAUGCUAUCAGCUCAUAUAAUAAUCCAUGUGAUGCAUGUUGUGAUGACUCUUAUGCCAAAUCCUAA